AUGACACUCUUCACGCUCGUCACAAGACCUGUGGCAGAUCGCUCUGCAUUGUGGCUGCCAUCCACGCGUACCGACCGACGCAAUGGAACGACGGCUGCUGACCCGGAGAACUAUCCUCCCGGAAUAACAUUGCUAGACAACGACGCAGGGAACAGCACGCUGGGCUUUAGUUCCAUUUAUCUUGUAUACAUAGCGGGCCGGUACGAUCGCCUCGACGCCAUGGCGCUGCAGUCGUACCUGUCGGGCGUCGACCUGACCGAGUACGCGGCCGUCGGGCCAGAGUUGAUCAAGGACGUAGGCAUGCCGCCGACUCGGAAGCCAGGAAAGCUACGCAAGGGCGAGAAGGGCUGCUGGAGAGCACAUGCCAACGUAUGGUCAGCAACGCUCAGGCACAGACUUCCGCCCGUUCUCAUCGUGGAGUCGGAUGCAACGUGGGAUAUCAACAGAGCUGGAAUCUUCUCGGGCCUGUUGGCCUUGUUUACCCGCAACAAGGCAUGGCUGAAUGUCGAGGCCUCUGCCAGCGUUUGGACAACCAAGGCAUAUCACCAAGAUGUUGCCCAAGCUCGCGACCUACAACAGCACCCAGUGCGAAACACCUUGUUACGCCGUUGA